AAUACCAUAAAGCAUUUUAAUUCAAAAUUACAACUGAAAUUUAAACUCGAGUCAUUUGACUGCCCAUGAAUAUAAACCCCAAUUUACACUUUUACCAAUUUGGAUUAUGACUAUUUUGGUUAACAAUUAUUCAUAAUUUAUUCCAACUUCCCAUAAUCAAAUUCUUUCCAAAAUUCCAAACAUAUAAACCUAUAUGAUCAUAGUGUUAUCUCAACAUUUCUAUCUAUUACAAAAUUAUUAAUGUCUUCACCUCAGUCCCAUUUAUCUGAAGCUUCUGAUGAUGGUCAUGACAAUGAUGACCAAGAAAACCUUGAGUCACAUGAUGAUGGUGACAAUGUGGGCCAAGAAAACCUUGGGUCAGGUGACGAUCACGUGCCCGAUUCUCCCGGCGACGCCUCGGACUUGCCGCCAGAAUCGUAUUGCGUCCCGGCGGGUUCCGAGCAAGAUUGGUUGUACCGGAACGCGACAUUGUUGCGGAAGACGUCUAGAAAAAUGGUGUUUCCGCGUGACUUCAGUCAAGGGAUAAAAUGCUCCCGCGCGUCGCUGAGCCGGAUGCGCAGUCUGUCGCUCAUUGCUUUCCCGGCCACUCAUAAGCACUGGGCGGCGGACGGGACCCAACGCCACAAUGGGGUGAGCUUGUUCAGGAGCCGAAUAAGUAGGAACAAGACUGAAUACAUGGAAUGUCGUUUCAGCGGCCGGGAUACAGAAUCAGAGGUGGAAGUCAAGAUUGACUCUCACCUAGUACCUAAGGUAGACAGGUUUCGUUAUCUUGGCUCGGUAAUUCAGGCGGAUGGGGAGUUAGAUGCGGAUGUUGGACAUCGGGUUGGAGUGGCUUGGGCCAAAUGGCGGUUAGCCUCAGGGGUGUUGUGUGAUCCGAAGAUUUCACCUAGAAUGAAAGGUAAGUUCUAUCGAUCCGUAGUCGGACCUGCUAUGUUAUAUGGGGCAGAGUGUUGGGCGGUUAAGAAGACUCGUGUGCGUCGUCUGCAUGCGGCGGAGAUGCGGAUGUUACGAUGGAUGUGCGGGAAGACAAGGUUGGAUAGGAUUUCGAAUGAGGUUAUCCGACGUCAAGUAGGUAUGGCACCGGUGGAAGACAAGUUGCGGGAAGCGAGGUUGAGGUGGCUUUGCCAUGUGAGACGGCGGGAUGCUGAUGCCCCUGUACGGAGAUGCGAGAGGAUUACUGUUAUCAGGGGAAGGGGUAGACCUAAGAAGAAUUGGGAGGAGGUGAUAAGACAGGAUUUAGGACUUCUCGACCUGACUGAGGAUAUGGCCCUAGAUAGGAACCUUUGGAGAACUAGGAUUAGAGUAGCUGGAUAGGAGCUAGGUGUUGUAGAGGUGGAGCCGGGGGUCUCUUGGAAACAGCCUCCCUACUUCCGAGUAGGAGCAAGGUCUGCG